AAUAUACAACCCCCAGCGGCAGCGGCGUUCUACCAAUAAAGCAAGCUGUCAGUUAUCCUUUUUGACAUUUACUUUUGGAGCGCUUUUGUAGCGGCUUCUGUUUUUGUAUGCCGCUGUUCUGCUUUUCAUGCUCUGUUUUUGUGCGUCAUUCGUCUUUAUCAUUUGGCGAAAUGCGUGAAGUUUGGAAGGCAAGCAAACAUUCCUCGCCACUUUCAUGGCGGAUAUUUGACAUUUAUUGCGCCCACACCAACACACACACAUACAAACAUUAUAGAAAUGUUUGACUUGAUUUCUUAUCGACUUAUAUAUGUAUAUACAAGUAUAUGGAUAUGUAUUUGUAAAUUGCCCUCAUUCGCCUUAACGCUCAAUCACCCACACACACACACCAACGCACACAAUCAAGCCGAGCUGUGCGAAAUCAACCCUUUUCGAUGGGAAAUCGUUGCAGGAAAUUUUGGAAAUUUUCCUCUUCGUCAAAUUAGUGCAAUUGUGCAAUUAUUCUAGCAACACACAGCAAUGUAGUGACUAUCGAAAAUCAGAAAAUCGCUGAUUUUUAGCAAAAUGUAGUGGCCAUAGUUAAGUUGAACAAGUUGUGAUGUGUGUACUUAUAACGGUAGUUGUUCGGAGCGCAUUUAAUAUCGUCAAAUCGACCGAAAUUGUGCAUUUUGUGUGAUUUGGAUGGAGAAAACGAGCAACGAGGGCAGCGCCGCAGCAGUAUGUUUGUCAUGAACUGGUUCAACAAUCUCAGCAAUCGCAGUUUGGCGAUAACGCUGCUAAUUUGCAUAUCCCUAAUAUAUGUAUCAUAUACAUUUAAUUCGUGCCUAUUAACAAGCAUUAGUCGGACAUUCCAAAAGAAUCCAUUUCGCGGCCUACUCUUUUCCGAUGACGAGCUCACCGUUACUACUGCAACACCGCUACCCACAAAGCUAGACAAUUCAAAUGACAGCGUUAAUGUCGUCAGUGUGGCAUCGAAACACACAUCGGCAGCAUUAAGCUUAAGAAUUCACGGUUCAUCCGUUGUACAUAUUGUGCCGUUAAGUGACUCAAAUAACAACACCAACAACAAUAAUAAUGCGAGCAAUCCGCCACAGGAAGCUGCCGACGGUUCACCGAAAUAUCGUUUCCUACGUCAACAAGGUUUGCAUCCGUCGCGUCAUCUGCCCGACACGCUCAUUAUUGGCGUGAAGAAGAGCGGCACACGCGCGCUACUUGAAUUUAUACGUCUGCAUCCGGAUGUACGCGCCGCUGGCUGUGAGGUGCAUUUUUUUGAUCGUCAUUAUCAACGCGGUCUGCGCUGGUAUCGUCACCAUAUGCCCUACACCAUUGAGGGUCAAAUAACAAUGGAGAAGACGCCGAGCUAUUUUGUGACAAAAGAGGUGCCGCAGCGGGUGCAUCAAAUGAAUGCGGCGACAAAGCUGUUAAUUGUCGUGCGCGAUCCUGUGACACGAGCCAUAUCCGACUACACGCAAGCGGCCAGCAAGAAGUCGGAUAUGAAACGUUUCGAAGAUUUAGCCUUCGUCAACGGCUCGUUCGCGGUAGUGGACACCGCUUGGGGACCCGUCAAAAUAGGUGUAUACUCGCGUUAUCUGGAGAAGUGGUUGAAAUACUUUCCGCUCUCGCAAUUGCUCUUCAUAAGCGGCGAACGACUUAUUAUGGAUCCUGCCUACGAGAUUGGACGUGUACAAGACUUCUUGGGUCUUAAACGCGUCGUGACUGAGAAACAUUUUUACUUUAACGCCACCAAAGGUUUCCCUUGUCUAUUCAAGUCGGAAGCGCGUUCCACGCCACAUUGUUUGGGCAAGACGAAAGGACGCAAUCAUCCGCACAUUGAGGAAGCUGCCAUCGAACGUUUGCGUGAAUUCUAUCGACCGUUCAACAACAAAUUUUACCAAAUGACCGGCAUCAAUUUCGCUUGGCCCUAAAUCGGAUACGCGCAAGCGUCUUGUGAAGUCAAGUCGCUGUAUAUAUUGAGUGGAAGUAAAUUACAAGCGCUUUGAAAGCGUUUAACGAAGUUAGAAAUUACGAUAUUGUCGGACAAUUUACGAUGUUCGUCGCAAAUGUUUACGAUAUUCGUCAACAUAUUUACGAUCUAUGUAUGUAUUGAGAUACAUUCAUAUAAAAGUGGUAUCAACUAUGCUGUUGUUAGCCAAAUUUACAUACACACAUACUCAGUAUGUACUCUUAAGUGAUAACGAGCGAGUAGUUAAGUACUCGUUUGUUGAAUGAUCGUCGAAAAUGCACAAUUUUUGCUUCAAAACUUUAUAAACGAACUUUGCAAUCUCCUAGUUUACAUAUACGAAUUACAUACAUACAAAUCGUAGAUCAUUAGCGUAAGCGUUUCAUACAUACUGACAUAGGUAUUAAUAAUACUAGCAUAAAUAUAAUACAUUUACAUUGCAAGCGCGAAAAAUCAUUACUUCACGCACCAAAUGAUAAAUGAAAUCAAUAUCUUAGCAAGUGAAUCGAUAUACUAUAUAAUUUAUGCGAUAAUCAACUACGUAGAUCGAUUUAAUAUGCAAAUAUCUGGGUUUUUGAACAUUAGGGUGGAAAGUUUGAACAAAAUCUGCAGAUCUCAGAUCUAAUUUGGACUCAUAUAUAAAUAUUUUUAUGAAAAAAUUCUGCAAAAUUCGUCUUCAAACCGAUCUAAAGUUGUAUCUAGAUAUGAUCGAAAAAAGGCUGUGCUUUAAGGUCUAUUUUUUGAAUUAUCGCAAACUCGAAAAUUCUUUGUUAAAAUUAUAACAAGUGAGAAAGUUGAACAAGUUCAGUUGAGGGCGGAUAUUAGACACUUUCACAAAUUCAAGGAAGACUAUUGUAUGUACAUAUAUGUAAGUAUUUCGAGAUGUCUCCUAGCAUAAUGACCUAUAAUCCUACUUCCAAGCCACUGAACAGACAAUCUUUAGCGGAAUAAAAAUACAGGUACGUUCCGUUUGGAUAAACCAGACUAUCGUGGGAACGGGUUAGUCCUACUUCCGAGCGGCCGAAGUGACAAUCUUUAGCCGGACAAAAAUUUGGGUUGGUUUUGGUUCCAUAGACUGGACAGUCGUGGAAAAGGGUUAGUCGCAGGUUCAUAUGUCCUAUUUCACAACUUUUUUGGAAGACGAUGUGGUAACUUUCCCAGUGUAUUAAAUGUUUGAAGCUUUAUUUUUAUAUCCGUAUCAUCGUAGAGGAAUCUACAUUAAAUUCAUAUAAGCUUAUAGAAAUCAAACUGAAAUUACGUCGGCGUUCGAAACAGGUCGUGAUUGGAGUGUAGUCGCUGAGAUGAAGCAACUUUUUAUACUCCGUUUUCUUUGCUUUAGAUGUUGAACACUGAACGGGUGAGGGACUUUUUAAGUACCCGCUAUAUAAUCUCAGCUUAGUAUACUGAUUUUAGAUGAAUUAGAUUUUGGUUCAGGCUUGGAUUAUUCCCCUACCAUCAGCCUUUCCAAAUUAAACAUUUCGCAACCUUUCGAAUAACGUUUCAAAGAAAUUUACAUAUCAGACAGUCCAAAAAGUGUUUAUCGUUUCUCAAAAAAGGAGCCUCAUCUAUUAUAGUUAGAACUAGCUAUUUAAAAUAUCUUCGUAUAACUUCCUACUGGCGAAUGAUUGUUAUUGAAACUUUUAAAAAUCGAAAUCGUAAAUAAUCCACAACGUCUCACAAGAUAAUGAUCACAAUGGUGAAAGUGCAUGAAAGCUCAGAAUUUUACCGUAUUUUCCGGAUCUGGUGCCAGCAGCGUUCUCCUGUACUCAAACCUUAGGAGUAUACAUACUGCAGAAAAAAGUUUAGCGACAUCGAAUAGAAAAUCGACGAGACUAAGUCCUCUUAAGUCCUCGAAGCAAGAGACAAAUCUUUCUAUAUAUGUGGUACAACGAAGUUGGAAGUUUGGUAUUACCGGUGGUACACUCACUAGCACUAUGCUCAAUAAAAAACCUACUUCUCCAAUAAUUUAUAUUUUAUG